GAAUAUGCCAUUUCCAAGUCGUGCUAUGUUUGACUUCCUUAUUCUGUUUUUUCUUUGUAAUCCUUCAUCUUAUAUGAUCAGAAAAGGGAAAAUUCUCAAGUCGUUCUAGCUUGGCUUGCUCGAGUUCGUCUGUUCCCAACGUACAAAUUCGAAGAGUCAUAAAUUGGGAGAUAUCAGAGAUUCAGAUCGAGGUCAAUUUCUAUCAUGUAUGUAACAAGGCCUCUUUCUCUAUACUUGAAGGACGAAGCUGCUUUGUCUCUUCCACCUCCAGAGGGUCCAAACUCUGGCUAUCUUGUGGUCUCCGAUGAAGAAUCUGAAAUUCUCUUGCGUUUGCGAACCAAUUUCCGAAUAAGGCGCUUGCCUUUCUUUCAAAACAAGGACUUCGUCGUUCACGGCUGUAAUGACUUCGGUAUUCGUGGCAACAGUUAUGACUUCUACAUUCGUACUGGCAGUAACUUUGAUGAUAGAAACAACAGCAAAGUCCUCUUCAUUCCAAUUUUGAAUCAGCCUUUAUCUGACAAUCGCUACUACGUGAUGUGGAGAGACUACUGGACUAGAGGGAACGCAGCCACAAGCUCAAAAGAAGAUGAUAUAAUCAGUUGCUGCGGAGGAGGUUGCAUUAAAGAUGUUCCACCAAGUGGUUUGAAUCCUUUCAACCUAUAUCAACAGUUUGAGAUAACCCAGAAGGCUCGUGAUCACUUCCAAGCCAAGUCUAUGGCCCCAGAUGGAAUCGCUCCAAAGUUCUUGAGGGAUGAAUGGAAGGCAUACAUUGAUGUAGAUACUUCUCGCCAAACUUUACAUGAAGCUUCAGGCCUUAAUUCCUCCUUACGUUCUCAAUUACCUCUUUUCAAUUUUCUAUCCUCUCAUGAUCAUUCUGAACCAGUCGUUGUUGGAAAAUGGUACUGUCCUUUCAUGUUUGUAAGGGACAGAGGGAAGACAACAACGUUCUACGAGAUGACACUGGAGCAAAAAUGGGUUAGGAUUUUUUCAAAAGAAAAUGAUAACAGUGGAGAGAAAGGAGUGCAAAUGGAGGUUUCCAUUCAAACAGAAUCGGCGAAAAUUGCCGGAAAAAGGGACGCUUUUCGAGGUGAAAGAGAUGUGGCUUCUGGAUUUGUCUGGUUUAUAUGUUCUGAUGGUAGGAGAGACGAGGUGGUAGGGUUGAGCAUGGCGAUUAUUGAGAGAAUGAAAUGGGAACAAGAAAGAUUUGGAUGGGUUGGUGGAACAAAUAAUGGAACUGAAAAACUUACAAGAGUGGAAGAGUUUGAAGGUAGUGGGACUUGGAGGAAGUUUUCAUGUUAUGUGCUGGUUGAGAGUUUUGUUUUGAGGAGAAAGGAUGAGAGCUUAGUGAUCACUUGUGAUUUCAAGCACACACACCAAGUUAAAUGCAAAUGGGAGUGAAACUUUCUGCAUUUUCUCAUGUAUUACAUAUUGAGUGUGAAGUGUACAUGUAAUUGGCUUAAUUUUGGGGCAAAAAAUCCAUGACAUGAUCUCCUGUUCACUACUUGCA